AUGAGUGACUCCACUACCUUCGAUACGCCAAAGCGCGUAAAGCGCAUUUUCAUCAAUGCGUUUGACAUGUUUACAACAAGUCACCUAAGCUUCGGACAGUGGCGGAGACCGGAGGAUAAAUCCUCAACCAAGAGAAGAGAUCUGUCCUACUGGACGGAUCUGGCACAGAUUCUGGAGAGAGGCGGGAUCACCGCGUUGUUCCUCGCGGACACUUACGGGCAGCAUGAUACCUACAAGGGAAGUUCGGAGCCGACGGUCAGGACGGCGUGCCAAUACCCCAUGGGAGAUCCUGUAGUCCCUGUGACGGCCAUGGCUGCGGUGACCAAAAACCUCGGCUUCGCCAUAACCACCAGCACGAGCUAUGAAGCACCGUUCGUUGUUGCGAAGCGCUUCAGCACUCUAGAUCACUUGACGAGGGGCCGUUUCGGGUGGAACAUCGUGACGUCCUUCAAGCAAUCUGCCGCGGACGCGGUCGGUUUGCCGUACGUCGAACAUGACAGGAGAUAUGCGGUUGCAGACGAGUAUCUCGAGGUCCUGUACAAGAUCUGGGAAGGCUCGUGGGCAGAUGACGCACUUAGGGAGGACAGGGAGAACGAAGUCUACUCCGACUGGAACCGGAUACGCUACAUUCAUCAUCACGGAGAGAAUUUCAAGGUUGACGCUCCUCACAUUCUCGACCCUUCGCCUCAGAGAACUCCAUUUCUUUUCCAGGCUGGGACCUCACCAGCCGGCAUCGCCUUCGCGGCAAAGCACGCCGAGGCGGUCUUCGUGGCGGCCGCAUCACCACAUAUACUGGCACCGCGCGUGGCGGCAAUCCGUGCCGAGGCAGCUAAGCUUGGCCGCGACCCUUCCAGCGUCAAGGUCUUUGCGGUCGUGACGCCGAUCAUAGGAACCACAGACCUUGAGGCCCAGAAGAAGUACGAAAGAGCCUUAGAGUUCGCAAGCCCCGAAGCUGGACUUGCAUUCUUCUCUAGCAACGCCGGAAUCGAUCUUUCCAAAUACGACCCGGACGUCGAGAUCAAAGCUGAGGAUGCAACCGUAGAUGGGCGCGUGCACUCGUUAGUCAACAGCUUGAAAUAUCAGGGCGCUGAUAUUCCGAAGUGGACACCGCGCAAUAUUGGUCGCAUGGUCUCGAUCGGAGGCAAUGGCCCGGUUCCUGUGGGGUCGCCGCAGAAAGUCGCGGACAUAUUGGAGGAAUGGAUGGAAAUCGCGGACCUGGAUGGUUUCAACAUAGGCUAUGUGGUUUCACCAGGCAGCUUUGAGGAUCUUGUCGAUCUCCUUGUACCGGAACUUCGGCGCAGGGGUCGGUACCCAGAGCAGCCGGAGUCGGGCACCCUCAGAGAAAGGCUAUAUGGCGAAAGGCAAUCAAAGCUCCGAGAUGACCACCCAGGAAGCAGAUGGAAGUACGAGGUGUAUCCAGAACCUGGGCAGGGGCAGGCGGUAGAGUUUGUUCAGUGA